AGCUUGCUUGCAGAGUGUCUGGCGGUGUGGCGAGUGCGGUCCGACUGUGGUUGUGUUGCAGGUCUACUUGUGUUCACAGCGACACGCUCCAGGCGCCUUUCUCGUCUUGACCGUUGUGGAGCGAUGGGAAUUUGGGAGAAAUGGCUCUGAAACACACCGGCCGAGCGCUACUGGUCCAGCUGGGGCUACUGGCCGUCGCCAAUGCUCUGCGUUGUAACUGCACAACAUGUGAGAAGACAGGCUAUGAGUGCGAGACUGAUGGUGCCUGCAUGGCCUCCACGUACACCAUUCAGGGGAAGGAGCAACAUGUACGCAUCUGCAUCAACCGGGAUAACUUGGUUCCGCCUGGGCAACCUUUCUACUGUCUGAGCGCUGAGGGUCUACUCAACACUCAUUGCUGCUAUGUGGAUUACUGCAACAGUAUAGACCUGAAAGUUCCUGUUCCCACAAAGGAGGACCUUUCAGGCUUGGGCAGCUCCUGGGGGCCGGUGGAGCUAGUGGCGGUCAUUGCGGGGCCCGUCUUUCUGCUCUGUGUGCUGUUGAUGGUUGGCGUUUUCCUGUUCCAGUAUCAUCAGAGGGCCUACAGUCACAGGCAGAGGCUGGAGGUAGAGGACCCAUCCUGUGACCAUCUGUACUUGGCCAAGGACAAGACCCUGCAGGACCUCAUCUAUGACAUGUCUACCUCCGGAUCAGGCUCUGGUCUACCCCUGUUUGUGCAGCGCACUGUGGCAAGGACUAUUGUGCUGCAGGAAAUUAUAGGAAAGGGUCGUUUUGGAGAGGUUUGGAGAGGCAAGUGGCGUGGAGGGGACGUGGCGGUAAAGAUCUUCUCGUCCAGAGAGGAACGCUCUUGGUUCAGAGAAGCUGAGAUCUAUCAGACAAUAAUGCUGCGCCAUGAAAACAUCCUGGGAUUCAUUGCAGCAGACAACAAAGACAACGGCACAUGGACACAGCUGUGGCUGGUGUCGGACUACCACGAGCACGGCUCGCUUUUUGACUACCUGAACCGCUACUCGGUCACCAUUGAGGGGAUGAUCAAGCUGGCACUGUCGGCUGCCAGCGGACUGGCACAUCUGCACAUGGAGAUCCUCGGGACUCAGGGUAAGCCUGGCAUCGCUCACCGUGACCUCAAGUCUAAAAAUAUCCUGGUUAAGAAAAAUGGCAUGUGCGCAAUCGCGGACCUUGGUCUGGCUGUACGGCAUGAGUCUAUCACAGACACGAUCGAUAUUGCUCCUAACCAACGUGUGGGCACCAAGAGAUACAUGGCUCCUGAAGUGUUGGACGAAACCAUCAACAUGAAGCACUUUGACUCCUUCAAGUGCGCCGACAUCUACGCACUGGGCCUGGUGUACUGGGAGAUAGCACGUCGCUGCAAUGCAGGAGGUAUCCACGAGGAGUACCAACUGCCCUACUACGACCUGGUGCCCUCUGACCCCUCCAUAGAAGAGAUGAGGAAGGUGGUGUGUGACCAGAAGCUGCGGCCCAAUGUACCCAACUGGUGGCAGAGCUACGAGUCUCUGCGCGUGAUGGGCAAGAUCAUGAGGGAGUGCUGGUACUCCAAUGGGGCAGCCCGACUGACGGCGUUGCGCAUCAAGAAGACUCUGUCGCAGCUCAGCGUGGAGGAGGACAUCAAGAUGUGAGCGGAAACGCACAACUAAAGCGCGCCCCUUCCCCAUUGCCCUCGCCCCCUCGCCCCUCCUCCCUCCCAGGGAAGAAACACUCAAGCCAGACUGCAAAUGCAAGAAGCCCUGCCAGUUUUUGAAGCCACACUCUGAGUUGUGACAAGGCCUACCUCACCUUUUAGCCAAAACUACUGAGACUACGCCCUAGUCCUCCUCCACCUUGUCGUCCUCGUGUCAACCUCGCCGUCUUCACUACUACUGUUAAUAUCAUCUCACUCCACCUGUCUUACUUCCAUUUCCUACGGCAGGAACUACUACUGCACAGGGCCGCUUUCUUUCAUCCUUUUAUUUCACAUGGCUCUACAGCAGCAGGUUUCAAUCAUCUUCAUGCUGUGAAUGUUUAAAGACGCUAAUCUUGUAGUCCGGCGUGAUAGGACUACAAACAUGGCGGCUCGCUAUAGCAAUCUGACUCAAACUCAAAUUGUGAGAGUUUUUUAGUUUCCUUUGUGAGUCCUGCAGGUAACACUGGACUACACACACACACACACACACACACACACACACACACACACGCACUGUCCACUUCCUGGCAGGAAACAUGUUUGGGAUGUUAAUUUAUUUGACUUUUUGCGUUACUUCAUGCGGAUGAACACUGUGAGAUGAAAGUGGAAAGGAGCGGUGUAAUCAGAGGCGGGAUAAAAAAAUUUUUUUUAUAUGUGUGUGUGUGUGUGUGUGUGUGUGUGUGUACAUUAUAUAUAUAUAUAUAUAUAUAUAUAUAUAUAUAUAUAUAUAUAUAUAUAUAUAUAUAUAUAAACUUGAUGAAUUGUUUUAUUUUGUCCCUUGACUUUAGACACUACUGAUGUUGGGUACCUAUGAUUUGAAAACACUCUUUUUGAUGAUGUGACAUUGAAGCAGUCGAUGGUACUCUCAGACUGUUUGUGUGUUUUCCUUUUUUAAACUGUGCCAGAAAGCAACAACACUCUUCUGCUGGAUGUUCUUUGUGUUCCUCCUUGUGGUACUACUGAUCUAUUUUUGUCUUUUUAUUAUUGGGAUUACAAGUCAUUUUUCUGGGCUCCAUCACUGCACAUCUUAUUUUUUUUCUCCAAAACAUCCCCCACUUAUCGACACUGGAAUAUUUCAGAGCGCCAGCUGAUUCCCAAGUGGAAGUAUGAUGUCAUCAUAAGUAGUUCCUGAGUUUUUACCAUAACAUGAAACAGCGUGUUUGUAGUCAUGGAAGUUUUACGUUAACGUUGGCGAUGUCCAAGUGUUCCAACACUUGAUCAGGAAUCGAUGUUUUCAUGUUUGUCUCUUGCAUGCCAUCUCAAAUCCCCCCACCCCCCAUAUUAACACCACUGUCGCUGCUACUCUUACCGUGGCCGAGGAGAAAUGGAAGAUAUUUGCUGACAUUGAAACCAAACACUCCCCCCAACUCCUCCAAAUAAUAUCUACUGCCCUUGUCCAUGUUUUUUGUUGUUGCCAUGGUUAUACAACCAUUAGACAUUUUCAUGUGUAAUACUUCAAGAUUGACAAAUCUAUGUUGUGCAAAUGUUUUCAGAGUUAGUGUAUAUAGAUGAUAUACAAUAAAUUCCUUCUUUUUCUUAA